AUGUCACGGCCUAGCAGCAGAGCCAUCUACUUGCACCGGAAGGAGUAUUCCCAGAGCAUAGCCUCAGAACCUACCCUCCUACAGCACAGGGUGGAGCAUCUGAUGACAUGUAAGCUGGGGACACAGAGAGUCCGGGAACCGAAGGAUGCCCUACGGAAGCUUCAGGAGAUGGAUGCGCAGGGGCGAGUGUGGAGCCAAGACCUGCUCCUGCAGGUCAGAGAUGGCUGGCUCCAGCUGCUGGACAUUGAGACUAAGGAGAACCUGGAUUCUUACCGCCUGGACAACAUCAAGGCCAUGGAUGUAGCGCUCAACACCUGCUCCUACAACUCCAUCCUAUCAGUCACUGUGCAGGAGUCUGGCCUGCCAGGCACCAGCACUUUGCUCUUCCAAUGCCAGGAAAUAGGGGCAGAGCAACUGAGGACAAGCCUGCAGAAGGCCCUGGAUGAAGAACUAGAAGAAAGCAGACCUCGAUAUGGAGUCCUUCAUCCAGGUCAGGACAGAUGGAAGGGGUAUUCUCCGGAAAGGUCGUUCCCUAUACAACAGGCACCCCCUCUGGAGCAGAGGUUUCCUCCAGAACAACCACACCACAUGACCUCAGAACGAAGCAUCCCACUAUCCCCAAGGUCCCUGGCACACUACCCAAGUGCCCGAGAACCAAGUGACUUCACUCUGCCUCCUCCCCCAAGGCGUGCCCCAUCUCCUGAGGACCUGGAGAUGGAUGAGGAGGUGCUGAACCAUCUCCUGGCUGACAUUGAGCUGUUCACUGGAAGGCUGAAGGAGGCCAAGGCAAAGGACAGUCGUAAGAAGAGAAAACUUGGAAGGAAAAAGAAGAAGGCUCAAAACAAGAUAACACCAGCAGAGUACAUUGACUGUUUCCAAAAGAUCAAGUUUAGCUUCAACCUCCUGGGGAAGCUGGCCUUAAGGCUGCAGGAAACAAGUGCCCCUGAGUUCGUGAACCUCCUCUUCCAAACCCUGAAAUUCAUCCUGGAACAGUGCCCUGAGGAUGACCUUACAGCUAAAGUGAUCUCACCCCUCCUCACCCCCAAAGCCAUAAACCUGAUACAGUCCUGUGUAAGCCCACCCGAGAAUACUCUCUGGAAGUCUCUAGGCACAGCCUGGACCACCAGCCGGGCUGACUGGACAGGCGAUGAACCACCACCCUACCGACCCACAUUCUCCGAUGGCUGGCAGAUUCCAGAGCCCUACUUCAUGGAACCCCUAAGAAACCAGGAUUCUAUUUCCUUCCGAGGUUCUAGGAUGAGGAGCAGCCUACACUUCCCUCAGGAUGAGCCAUACAACCAUAGCGAGGACUCAAACCUCCCAUCCUCCAGUCCCAUACCUUCCGACUCCAUCCUGAAAAUGCAAGUCCUGUAUGAGUUUGAAGCAAGGAAUGCACGGGAACUGACUGUGGCCGAGGGGGAGAUUCUGGAGGUCCUGGACCAGAGCAAGCGUUGGUGGCUGGUGAAAAAUGAAGCAGGACGGACCGGUUACAUUCCCAGCAACAUCCUGGAGCCCCUGCCUGCUGGAGGCCCUAGAAGCCACAGACAACCAUCCUUUAGGGCUCCAAUGCUUCGUCUUAGCUCAAAGCCCGAUGAAGUCACAGCUUGGCUACAAGCAGAGAACUUCUCCACCAUCACCGUAAGGACCCUGGGGUCCCUGAUGGGGAACCAGCUACUUCACAUGAGACCCGGGGAGCUGCAGAUGCUCUGUCCACAGGAGGCCCCACGGAUCCAGGCCCGGCUGGAUGCUGUUAGAAGGAUGCUGGGGGUGUGGGCUCUGCUCACGUUGGCUGGUGAUCCAGAGGAGCGUGAAGAGGUGAGGUACCUACCACACGCUCUUCCUGGGAACUUCCACUUCAACUACUGUUUGUUAGAUGGGUCAAUCAUGAGCUUCCUCCCACCUGUUUAUUUACUGGCAGAACACAGGCAUAUUACCUGGGAGGGGAAAGUCCUCAGGUCCACUGUGCAAACUCAGCCCUUCACAUGUCCCUCCAAAGGAGCCAAAGACAGCGGUCCCCUUGUGGUCAGAAUUCCGAGUCCCGCUGACCAAUGCCAGCUCAUUAUGCGGCAUGACUCUCACGCUCCCCUGGUAACUAGGGUCCAGGUCCCCACUGCCGGGGUGUGGAUGCAUCAGCAGCCGGGUAGAAAGCUCGCACCACAAGCUUUCAGGCGCCGCAGCUGCGCGUGCGCGCCCGUGGCCCCCGCGACCACGCGAAAGGCGGGUGGAGCACGGGGCGAGGAAGGAGGAGCCAGUCCGAUCACAUUGGCCCCGCCCACAGCGUCCAGUAUAAAGUUGGGCGCCCUCAAGUCUUCGCAUAUCCUCGCAGGGGCUUAG